AUGUAUACGAACCAUGUGAUUGUGCCAAACAUCGUUUCUUUAACACCCACUCUGUUUUUAACUAGCAUGGAGACAGAGCUUGCUAUGAUACCUAGCACCUCAACAGAUCCCCAGAUUCCAUGUUUUGUGCCAAAAGAAGAACCAAUCCUAGACUCACAACCUAAUACCCCUAGUCAACUUUUACGAAAAGUACCGGCUUGUUCAAUUUGCGGAGCUGAUUCAACAGGUAUCCAUUUUGGUGUCGAUGCUUGCGCAGCUUGUUCGGCAUUUUUUCGUCGAACCGUCGUGCUUAAUAAAGUAUAUAUCUGUAGUAGAGGAGGAGCUUGCCCGAUAUCGAAAGAUGCUAAUGGUCAGAAGUGCCGCGCUUGUCGGUUCAAGCAAUGCGAAACCUCUGGAAUGGAUAAAACAGCUGUCCAACACAGGCGAGAUGCCAUAGGGAAAUAUUCAGCAGGUGUUAAAAGAGAAUGUUCUCCAAUCGAUAUGAAGACAAGUGCUUCUCCUGCUAGUCCAUCGCCUGUUCAAAGUCAAUCAGAGGGUUCAGUACUGGAGGAUCUAUUAGAGAAACAUAACUGUCUCAUGAAAAAAAGGAAAAUAUUUUAUUCUAACAAGGGUUGUGAAGAGCUGUUUCAUGAAGGAGAUUUGGAUAUUGUUGAGUUAACUAAUUAUGAGGAAUGCAUGUACCAACUGUGGAGAAUUGAACCCAGAUUAGCAGCUGAAUUCGUAGCAGAGAACAAGCACUUAUUGAAAAUUGAUCCCAAGGAAAAGGCUAAAUUAUUUCGUAACUUUGUUAUUUUGAGACAAGCUGUUGAAGAGCCUUAUCUCACUUGGAAGUUUGGAGGGUUGGAUAAGGGAUGGUGGAUAAUGCCAAAUAGAAUAUAUUUUGAUAUUAAUCAAGGAGAGAAAUACUGGAAAACGGGUAUUAUGAAUCAAUUGAAGUUGACACAUGAACAAGCCAAAGGGCUGUUUGUUUCAUCCUUCAUGUCUGCUAUGAAAACAAUAAGUACUCAAAUGAAAAACUUGAACUUACAUGAGAAGGAAAUGAUCGCCUUGUGUGGCUUGACCUUACUAGAUCCAACUGUAGCUACAUUGAAUCCGAAGUGUAAAGAAGAAAUAUGGCGGAUACGCGACAUAUUGAUAAAAGAUAUUUUUAAUUUAUAUGAAGGUCACGAAGAUCCUGAAUUACGGAUGGCUGAGCUUCUCAUGAUUCUCGGCUCAGUCAAAACUCAUGCUCUCAAAACCUUAGAAAAUAUGCAUCUUAUUAAUACUUUCCAACUGAUAGCACAAGAUCAGAUGUUCGAGGAUAUAUGUAGAGGAAAUAAAUAUAAUGAUACAGAUCAAAUUCCAUAG